AUGUCGAAUCCAGUCUAUGCUCACGUAGUUGGUGACGUUGUUGGUAAGUUAAGAGAAAGGUUUAUCAACCAAGGUGUUGAUGAUUCUUUUCUGGAUGAGCUUCGAUCGCUAUGGGAGUUAAAACUUAUGCAACGUGAUCAGAAAAAGUCAAAGCUUGAUUCUCCUCCACAUCUUCUUCCUCAUCAAGACGGGUCUUCGGAUUCUUUAGGGCAAGAAAAGGUUUCUGCUGUUAACACACCAGAUACAGGAACACCUAAUAACCUAGGAAACCUAAAAGGAGAAGAAGAAGAUGAGGAGCUUAACGAAGAUGAUGACGUUCUAGAACAGGAAGAAGAUGAAGAGAGUAGCACGAAUCAGUUGGUGUUAGCUCAGUUUGUAAAGGUAGAUAAACCCAAGAGGAGCAAUAAAAGGAAAUGGAAAUGUGCUCUGAAGGACGGCAUACUCCAUUUGGACUUGUUCUCCAAGGCUGAUGGAGAAUUUAGCUUCUGA